AUCGUUAGAUCAAAUUUCAACGAUUCGGAUCAUUUGAUCUUUAAGCUCAUAUUAUUAGGAUCCGGAAGAGAUCCGGUUCAUAUUGGGAUCUACAUCUGCCAACGUGUCACGACAAUUAGUUAAUUCCACCUCUGCCACGUGUCAGAUCACCUUCACCUCCAAGUCCACUGUCAGUCACUGCUAUAUGACCCAUCUCAUUCACCCCCCGCCGCCACCACCACCACCACCAUGACAGCCACGGCAACCAGCAGCACCAUGGGCUAGGAUAACGACACCCAGUUCAACCUCGUUGGCUUCUCCAACUUCGUACGGACCAACCCCCGAUCCGACCGCUUCAAAGUCCACCGCUUCCACCACGUCCAGUUCUGGUGCACCGACGCCACCAAUGCCGCCCUCCGAUUCUCCUGGGGACUCGGCAUGCCCAUGGUAGCUAAGUCGGACCUAUCCACCGGCAAUCAAAUCCACGCUUCCUACCUCCUCCGCUCCGACGACCUCGUUUUCCUCUUCACCGCCCCGUACUCACCCACCCUGACCCGAAACGCCGACCCGGCCAGGCCCAGAACCACGGCCUCGAUCCCCACCUUCGACCACUCCGCCUCCCGCGCCUUCUCCGCCACCCACGGCCUUGGGGUCCGCGCCGUCGCCAUCCAAGUCGAGGACGCCGUCUCCGCCUUCACAGCCAGUGUCGCCCACGGCGCCAAACCCUCGGCGGCCCCCAUCCUCCUGGACAACCGCGUCACCAUCGCCGAAGUCCAACUGUACGGUGAUGUCGUUUUGCGAUACGUCAGCUAUACGGACCACAACCACCUCACAGACCCGGACCCCCACCUCUGGUUCCUCCCUGGAUUCGAAUCCCUAACAUCGUCGUUCCCAAUCGACUUCGGAAUCCGCCGCCUCGACCAUGCCGUCGGCAACGUGGAGGUUCUCAAAUCGGCAGUGUCCUACGUCAAAGGCUUCACCGGAUUCCACGAGUUCGCCGAGUUCACCGCCGAGGACUUCGGGACGAGCGAGAGCAGACUCAACUCCGUCGUCUUGGCGAACAACGAGGAGAUGGUCCUGUUUCCGAUGAACGAGCCGGUGUACGGGACGAAGAGGAAGAGCCAGAUUCAGACGUACCUGGAGCACAACGAGGGUGCAGGGGUUCAGCAUUUGGCGCUGGCCAACCAUAUUCGUAGAGAUCAUUCAGAGAGUGGGGUGCAUGCUUAAGGAUGAAGAAGGAAAGAUACACCAGAAGGGUGGAUGUGGUGGGUUCGGGAAGGGUAACUUCUCCGAGCUCUUCAAGUCCAUCGAGGAAUACGAGAAGACGCUUGAAGCCAAACAGAUCGCUGAGCCAGCUGAUGCGUGAUUCGCCUUUGUCUUAGAUACUGUAAAAUAAGGUAGUUGCUGAACCCAGGUUCGUUGUACUCUACUCAUUGUAAGGCUGUUGUAUACGUAGUGUUACUGUGUAUAACAAGCUGUAUGGCUGUCACUGUUGGUGCCUAUUGAUUUAUGCACAAUGACACAAAUUUUAGUGCUUUAUUAUAUUUGUCGAGUGCAAUCAUCAAUCACCGACCUGUUGCACCCUCGACAUGCUUGUAAUAACCAACUUUAGCGAGGAAUAAAGAUCGAAAUAUUCACUCUUGUACUGUAAUCUUGUGUUCUUGUUUUUCUUAAUG